UGCCAAGCGAAGAGAGGGAUCGGGUGAACCGGGGAUAGAGGGAAAGGAGAUGUUGCGAGCUAGUCCAGCACGACCGUGAGCGCUGGUGGACUGCACAGGUCAGCGGAGUCGCUCAGACGCGAGGGUUGUAUCGGAGCAGUGGGCCCAGGAUUAAGGACGCCAAUAGCGUGCCGCACCAAAUCGCCUUUGCCUGAUCAUCGAAAUGGAAUAGAAGUUGCGAUUGAUUUGACUCUAACUCACACGCCUGUUCCGGGAGUGCUGUCUAAGGUGGCACUCGGUGAAAAGGGUGGAUUCAGUGUUAGUCUCGGAAACCAGAGAGGUUUCGGUCCCUCUGACCUGCGCGCUUCCCCACUUAGGCUUACCUGCGCGCUUCGCCCCCGCCGCUUCUCCAGCUCAGUCUUGGACAACAUCGGCCAUGCACAUAUCGGCACGGAUCGAAGUACGUCCGCCAGAAGCCAGCAAAAGCUCCAUGAUCUUUUGUAAUAUAAGAAGAUGGAUUCAUUUACCUAAACGAAUAGGCACUUUUUUUGCAGUCGCCGUCUUCUACACCCAAGUGCUAUGGGUGCAAGCAUUGUCUCUGCACUUUUCCAAAGAGCCACAGUCUCAGGAUGCUCUCCACGGACGCAGUGCUAUGCUUCGCUGUGAGGUCAGUGGCGCCACAAACUACUCCUGGCUGCAGGACGGCCGGCCUGUGUUCGCCUCUGAGCGCCGUUUCCUGGAGGGCGGCAGCCUCAAGUUCACCGCUGUGGACCGGCGCCUUGAUGCCGGCAACUUCCAGUGUGUGGCCACAAGCACGGCCAGCAGUGAGGUGGCCAUCUCCGCCAAUGCCUCCUUAAACAUCAAGUGGCUUGAGACUGGGCCCGUGACUCUGAAAGAGCCCGGCUCUGUACAGGAGAUCGAUGGCGCUGAACAAAUCAUUUUGCAGUGCCUGAUUGAUGGACACCCAAGACCCAACAGUAAAUGGUACAAAGAUGGUGUGUUGCUGGCCAGUAAGGAGAGAAACCUCACUCUGAGAAGCCCCGCCCCCACCCACUCUGGCGACUACGGCUGUUGUGCACGCAAUGGUGUGGGUCACGCCUGCAGCAGCACCAACUUCACCCUUAACAUUAUAGAUAAGACGAUCCCCCGUGUGGUGCUGGCGCCGAAGGACCAGGUGGUGUUCAGGAAUGAAGAGGCUGUGUUCCAUUGCCACUUCUCCGCCAAACCUCCACCUGUCCUAGAGUGGCUCCAUGAAGAAGAGCCUGUUGUCAACAAGUCACGGGUAAUCGUGUAUAAUAAUGGAACUCUGCGCAUCACCCAGGUAAAGCCUCGAAGCACAGGCCAGUACAGGUGUGUGGCUCGCUAUGGAAACAACAAGCAGGUGCAUGUAGAAGCCAGUCUGCACAUUGCAGAGAUAGAGGAAAUGGGUAGCAGGAUGUCGAGAUUCUUCUCUCCCAGCCAUGUGGAGCGAGUGCCGUGUGCCCCGCCACAGGGUCACCCAGUGCCGGAGGUGUGGUGGGAGCGGGCAGGUGUGAGGGUUCCGUCCGAGGGCCGGGUGUACCAGGAGGGCGUAGACUUGAUCUUCAGCCCUGCUGAGGUCGGAGACUCGGGCACGUACACCUGCGUGGCUCGAAACAAGGCAGGCCAGAAACAGCAGGAGGUCAGCGUAACGGUGGCAGGUCCACCAAAGUGGGAAACUCAGCUGGAGGAGGGGCAGCCAGGUUACCUGCACUGCCACGUGCUGACCACGCCUCCAGCCCAGGUCACCUGGUACCGCAAUACGCAGGAGAUCCAUGAGGAGGACUCUCGGUUUAAGCUCUUCUCUAAUGGGACUCUGAGGAUAAACAAUGUGGAGGUGUAUGAUGGCGUUGUCUACACCUGCCAGUGCAGUACUACAGGGGGUUUCUUAACUGGACAUGCUAAGGUCUUAAUCCUCGAGAAGCUGAAGUUCACCCCUACACCCCAGGCCUCCCAGUGCCUGCCGCUGGAUAAAGAAGCCAACGUUCCGUGCUCCGCUACAGGGCGAGAGACCCCUACUAUACACUGGACCAGAGCAGAUGGUAGUGCUGUCCCCUCUCAUGUGGUGCAGAGGAACGGUGCUUUGUACUUUGGGAAUGUUUCACGAAAUGAUGCUGGGAACUACACUUGUGUGGCUAGCAACAGGCUGCAGGGAGAGAUCCGAGCCUCCGUGUCUCUCACUGUGGGAGUGCAUAUUGAGUUUAAGCUGGAGCCUGAGUACACCACAGUAUACCAGGGCCACACAGCCAUGCUGCACUGCCAGGCUACCGGAGACCCCCAGCCAUACAUCCAAUGGAUGGGCAAAGACAAGGCGCUGUCUUUCAUUUCUGGCAGGUUCCAAAAGAUGCCCAAUGGGACGCUGGUCAUCAGUGAUGUCUCUAAGGAUGACACAGGACAGUAUACUUGUAUCGCUGGCAACAGCUGUAGCCUCAAAGAUCGUGUGACAAAACUUUAUGUUGUGGAUAAGCCAAAGCACACCCGUGAAGAAGAGGAGGGCAAGACGCCCUACAAGAUGAUCCAGACCGUCGGCUUGUCUGUGGGGGCGGCUGUCGCCUACAUCAUCGCUGUACUGGGCCUCAUGUUCUACUGCAAGCAGAGACGUAAUGCCAAGAGACUGCAGAAGGGACAGGAUGGGGAGGAGCCUGAGAUGGAGUGCCUUAAUGGGAAUGCUGUGCAGCAGAAUGGUCAAACUACUACUGAGAUCCAGGAGGAAGUAGCCCUCGCUAACCUGGGGACCAUGGCAGUCACUGAGAAACGUCAGAGCAACACUGACAAGCUCCACUUUCCCAGAACAAACUUACAGACCAUCACUACACUGGGUAAAGGGGAGUUUGGGGAGGUGUUCCUGGCCAAAGCACGUGGGAUUGAGGAGGGCGAGGAGGAGACGGUGGUUCUCGUGAAGAGCCUGCAGAGUCGAGACGAGCCUGCGCAGGCCGACUUCCGCCGGCAGGCCGACAUGUUCAGCAAGCUGAGCCACAGCAACAUCGUGCGGCUGCUGGGCCUCUGCAGAGAUGUGGAGCCCCACUACACCAUCCUGGAAUAUGUAGACCUGGGUGAUCUGAAACAGUUCUUAAGAAUAUCGAAAAGCAAAGAUGAGAAACUCAAACCACAGCCCAUCACCACCAAAACAAAGCUGUCUAUCUGUGCCCAGGUGGCUGCUGGGAUGGAGCACCUGUCCAACCAGCGUUUUGUCCAUAAGGACCUGGCAGCUCGGAACUGCCUGAUCAGUAGUCAGAGACAGGUCAAAGUCUCUGCUCUCGGCCUGAGCAAGGACGUCUACAACAGUGAGUAUUACCACCACAGGCAGGCCUGGAUCCCACUGCGUUGGCUCCCUGUGGAAUCUGUCUUUGAUGACGACUUCUCCACCAAAUCGGAUGUGUGGGCUUUUGGCGUCCUGAUGUGGGAGGUGUUUAGCCACGGUGACCUGCCCUAUGCUCCACUCAGCCACGAGGAAGUGCUCGAAGGUCUUCAGGCCAGCACACUGAAGCUUCCUGCACCCGAGGGCUGUCCUUCUAAAAUCUACAGACUGAUGAGUCGCUGCUGGGCCACCAGCCUCAAGGAGAGACCAUCAUUCAGCGAGCUGAUGCAGGCCUUGGCAGACGUUCCGUUGGACAGCAAGGACAAUCCCAACGCAAUCGGCGAAAAUCCACAAGCUGUCUACAGGAAUGCUGGACCCAACAACACCCCAACAUGCUUGGCUCAAGGACUUGAAGAUGCUGGGCACACCAAUAUGUGUCAUAAUGUACGUGUGCGCUCAGAGUCUUCUCAUUGUUAGAUGUGGAUCAUGGCGCCACUCCAACAAAGCUGUUUGCUAUGAAGGGUGAUGGCCUGUUUCCUGUGGCUGUAAGAUCCAAACUUUCAGCUAGUGCUUUGAGAAAUGAAUAAUAUACAGAGACAGUACAGAACAAAUGUUGAAUUUCAGAAUGCUCAGUCAAUGAGUACAUAUAGUAAUUGAUUUGUGUGUAUGUGGGAGAGCGAGGUUGUAUUAUGACAGUGCUUAUGAAAUAUUUUUUAAUAUUUACAUUUUUACCUGGUGGUGCUCACAGGGGACAAUAUCGUGAUGGCGAGAACUUGCAAUACAUCUUAUUACCGCCACUCCUAAAGCCAUGAUGUACAAUGUAUUCAAGAUUUCUGCAUAGCAACUUUUUAUAAUGACCUCACUGUAUUACUUGCUUAGCAAUGUCCCUGUUACACUCAUUAAUACAGAGACCAUGCACUAAUUUCACUUAAAUAUCAUUUUAUAUAAUGGCUUAGUAUUUUAACGUAGAAGGACGUAUGAGAGCCUUUAUUUGCAAUGAAGGUUGUCUUUUUUAUGACUUUUUUCCCUAAGAAGGUACUCCAUGAUCCUUUUAUACAGACAUGUACUCAACCCGAUAUAGCAUCUAAUUGUUCGGUGUGGUGAAUGUUACAGGAUGACAGGUUGGGGAAAUGGACAUUUUGGUGGUCAUUGUUAAAUCUGAAGACCACAAGUGCCUAGGACAUGAAGGAUUAUUUACUGUUUUUUUUUUUUUUUUUUUUUUUUUUACUAUUAAAUUUCAGUACAGUUGCUUCUUUGUUUUUAUGAACUGUUUUAUAUAUAAUCUUUUUGUAUAUUUUUUGUUUGCUUGUUUUUUUGUUGUGUGAACAAAUACAUGGUCCAAUGCCUUUUUGUAAGCAUAUGCUAGGUGCUCACACUUAGACUGCUUUUUGUUAUUCUACUUUAGCAAAGGUCACAAUAAUCCCAGUGUAUGCUGCUCUCAUUAAACAUUCACGUUCGUAACGAGCACUGUGAUGACUGAAACUGCAGUAAGCUGCUUCUUUCCAUCCCAGAACGGGACUGAGUGAACUUAGGGCUGUGCUGAUUAAGUCACAGUGACACAAGAGGGCAGAAGAAUCGGGUCCAUCUCGGACUGAUAGGUUUUAUUCAUCUCUUCAGUAGAGGGUGCUGUGCGACAUGGCUUGUUCUGCCCAGUUUUUGACAGCUAAUCUACCAGUUAGGUUUAUGAUCCACUGUUUGGUGUUUUUCUCUUCUCUCCAAAAACACUAAUUUAAUUUAAGCGACGCUCCCUAAACUAUUUUAGGGAUGUAGCUGUUUUCACAUUGCUGUAUACUUCUAUACUGCUCCUAUGUAUAAUGCCCAUCUUAUCCUACGCUCACAUGCUUGGCCCUCUUCAUGUGACAUAAGAUGGUUCUCACCAUAAAAGACUGCGGGUGUGCAGUUCAGCUUGCUGCUUAUUGAGUCAUCAGUAGGUGUUCUUCACAGGUUCUGAGGUGGGUACACAUUUAGUGAGCCAUGUGUCUUUCGCCAUGUAAAUACAGCCCGGUCUUCUCACACGGCACUCUGUGCGAUUCUCCCCCGUUCACUCCAGACUGAAUAAUGAAGCCUUGUCUUUUAAUUUACUGUUGUCUGUUUAUGUAGCCCUUGUCUGUCUUUCAGCCUCCAUGUUUCCAGGUUGUACAAUUAAAAGGAUAUGCUGACUUCCU